CAGUAUUCACUUUGUUUCCUAGGGUGCUCCGGAAGAAAGAAAAAAAAGUGUCUGGAAUAGAUUCGGUGAGCCAAAUACCCAUGCACCUCUCCUGGAUUUUGAUACGAACCUCAGGAAUGAAGGGGUACGUGAGAGAAGGCCGCUUUCGAAUCGAGGAGAGAACACUGACCGCUUUCCACUGGUUGUACUCCCCCCACCAGCAUCGCAUAGUCAGCCGGGCAGAUCUGGAAACCCCAAGCAGGAUUGACAAGACCAUGCUUGCCAGCCUGAAGAUGAAGAAACAGGAGCAGUUAAACAGCACGGAUGGGGCCAUUCCAGAACGGCCAUUAUCGCCUCCCCUCACUGCACCGGCUACUAUGAAGUCUGCGGAGUUCUUUGAAAUGCUGGAAAAAAUGCAGGCACCCAAACUUGAAGAACAGAGAACUGGCAGCCAGAAAAAUAAGGACGACUAUAUCCCAUAUCCCAGCAUUGAUGAGAUACUAGAGAAAGGAAGCCCUUACCCUUUGAUUAUUCUGCCCCAAUUUGGGGGGUACUGGAUUGAAGACCCAGAGAAUCUCAGCACACCCACCUCCUCGGAUAGCAGCAUCUGUGAAGAGGAAGAGGAAAACCUCAGCCCGAGCACAUACGGCUAUAAGCUGGAAUGCAAAGGUGAAGCCAGAGCAUACAGGAAACACUUUCUAGGGAAGGAUCAUUUAAAUUUCUAUUGUACAGCCAGCAGCCUAGGAAAUCUGAUCCUUUCUAUUAAGUGUGAAGAGGCAGAUGGCACUGAAUAUUUAAGGAUUAUUCUCAGGUCCAAAGUGAAAACCUUACAUGAACGUAUCCCCCUGGCAGGACUUAACAAGCUUCCUAGUAUCCCACAGAUUGCAAAGGCUUUCUGUGAUGAUGCCUCCGGACUGAAAUUUAACCCAGUGCUGUAUCCCAAGGCAUCUCAGAUGAUAGUGUCGUAUGAUGAACAUGAAGUCAAUAAUACGUUUAAGUUUGGUGUGAUCUAUCAAAAAUUCAAGCAGACCUUAGAGGAAGAGUUGUUUGGAAACAAUGAAGAGAGCCCAGCAUUCAAGAACUUCUUGAGUUUGUUAGGCGAUACCAUAACCCUCCAGGACUUUAAAGGUUUCCGAGGAGGUUUGGAUGUAACACAUGGGCAGACGGGUGCUGAAUCCGUGUACACUGUCUUCAGGGACAGAGAGAUAAUGUUUCAUGUCUCUACAAAGCUGCCCUUUACUGAGGGAGAUACACAGCAGCUCCAGAGGAAGAGACACAUUGGUAAUGACAUAGUGGCAAUCAUAUUUCAAGAAGAAAACACUCCAUUUGUCCCAGACAUGAUUGCUUCAAAUUUCCUGCAUGCAUACAUUGUGGUGCAGGUGGAAAACCCUGAAACAGAUAACACAUCCUAUAAGGUGUCUGUCACUGCCCGGGAAGAUGUCCCUUCCUUCGGUCCUCCUUUGCCAAGCCCCCCAGUAUUUCAAAGAAACCCAGAAUUUAGGGAGUUCCUGCUUACCAAACUCAUCAAUGCUGAAAAUGCAUGCUGCAAAUCGGACAAGUUUGCAAAGCUGGAGGACCGGACACGAGCUGCGUUGCUGGACAACCUUCAUGAUGAGCUGCAUGCUCACACGCAAGCAAUGCUUGGACUGGGGCCUGAAGAGGAUAAAUUUGAGAAUGGAGGCCAUGGAGGUUUCUUGGAGUCAUUCAAGAGAGCGAUUCGUGUCCGCAGUCAUUCGAUGGAAACCAUGGUGGGGAGCCAGAAGAAGCAUCACAGUGGAGGGAUCCCAGGGAGCCUGAGCGGGGGAAUCGCACACAACAGUGGGGAAAUAACAAAGACCACUUUCUCGCCUCCUGUUGCAGCAGCAACAGCCAAGAACCAGUCCAGGAGUCCUAUUAAGCGACGUUCAGGGUUGUUCCCCCGCCUGCACACGGGAUCUGAAAGUCAAUCAGAGAGCAGGACGCGAUGUGACAGUGUCUCAGGGACACAGAAGACCCCAGACGGGGGACAUUCUUCUCAAGAGAUGAAAUCUGAACCCUCAUCUAACCCUAGUUCUCCUGAAAUAUGCCCCAACAAAGAGAGGCCAUUUAUUAAACUGAAAGAAAAUGGAAGGUCCAACAUCUCCCGUUCUUCAUCAAGCACCAGCAGUUUCAGCAGUACAGCAGGGGAGAGCGAAACCAUGGAAGAAUAUGAUAGUGUGGGCAGCCAACCAUCCACAGCAUCACCGUUCAAGCAGGACGUGUUUGUCUACAGCUCUUCUCCCAGCAACGAGAACCCAAGUGUGGCAGCUGCUGCCACCCCCGUGAUCAUGAGCCGGAGUCCCACAGAUAUAAAGAGCAGAAACUCUCCAAGGUCAAAUCUAAAGUUUCGCUUCGAUAAGCUUAGCCAUUCCAGUUCCAGCACGAGUCACUAGCAGGAAUUAGACAUAACGAACUUGUAAAAAAGUGAAUUUGUGUCAGCAAAGGGAAAAAUUCUUCUCUUGAACAUCAAAUGGGAAAAUACAUUCUCCACACUAAAAGCGACCUGCCGCCACGCAGUGCCAUUCCUUCACCUACUCAGCUUUACCUUGGCGUCAAGAAGAAACUGCCAUCAUGCAGCGAGUGCUGACAGACAACCCAUCCUUUCCGAAGGGUAAACACGUUGCUAGAUUCCUCCACCCUGUCCACUUUAGCUAACAAAACACCUUCUUCCUGCACUGCAUAAGGAGAUGCAUUUUCUGCCGCGUACCACGUACGAUCUGCUCACGGUGACUUCACCUGUCCUCGGUACUCUGAAAUGUUAACCUCAUGUGCUCCUUGUGCGUACUGUAGCUGUUUGUUGUCAGAUGAGUGCUGUUCAUCUUGUGUACCUCUGAUUGGAAACAAAAAGACAUUUCAGUAACC